GACAGGAAGUGCAGCCAGAGAAGUGAUGUAAGUGAAAUCAUAGCUCCCAAAGCAGCUUCAUUGAGCUGAGAACAUGGAGUUGAAAGAUCAUUAUCAAAAUAUUGAUGAAGUUUAUUGCAACCAACCGAGGAGAGUUCACGGCAAAGCGAAGAGCAUGAAAUCAGAACAUGGUGUCCGAUCAGCAGAUCCUGUCCGAAGAAAAUGGUCACCUUUGGCCAUCUCCAUUUUUCUCGGUCUCUCCAGCCUGUUGUCAAUGGUGAUUCUAGGCACUUCAAUCGUAAUGUUUUUACAGCUGUUCAGUGAAAUGAAGGCAUCACAUGCUGACUUCAGAGUGGAAUUUACCCAGUUGAAAGAUAAUGGUACAUCUGAGGCAGCAAGAAAUUCAUUAACUCAACUGAAGAUGGAAAUUUCACAGCUAAAGGAGAGUGUACAUGAGGAGACAGGAAAUACUCUCACUCAACUGAAGACGGAAAUUUCACAGCUAAAGGAGAGUACAUCUGAGGCAGCAAGAAAUUCAUUAACUCAACUGAAGAUGGAAAUUUCACAGCUAAAGGAGACUCUGAGUCAUUUCCAGUGCAUCAAGGGUUGGAGCCAGUACAAGCAAAGACUUUACUACUUUUCCCCUCACUCAGCAAAUUGGGAAGAUGCGCAAAGAUUCUGUAAAUUCAUAGAUGCUGAUCUUGUUGUCAUUAACAGUUCUGAGGAGAAGGAAUAUCUACAAAAGAAAAUGAAAAACACUUAUUGGAUUGGACUCCAUGACACCAUUGAAGAAGGGAAAUGGCGCUGGGUGGAUGGAACUGAUUAUGGUUCAAAUGUGAAGUUUUGGAGGAGUGGCCAGCCCAAUGGUAACAGAGAAGAAAAUUGUGCCACAAUGUCUUCUGAAGGGAAAUGGCACGAUUGGCCGUGCAAUUCUAGACAUCGCUCAAUCUGUGAAAAAUCAGUGUAAUGUUCUGCUUCCAUGGCCCUGGAUUCACCCAAGUCAAUUCAUCAAUUAGUCUACCCCACAUCUCUCCAUCUCCCACCUCCCCAACCUCCAUUGUCACUGCAUCUCUCUGUUCCCUUCCACUUUCUCCUUCACCUUUAUUGCUAUCUCUAUUUCACCACCCCCUGCAAACGUAACCCCCCACCACCCCCCAUCACACUUAACUUCAUUCCACUUCCCUGGAUGUUCCUCUACUCCAAAGUCACCUUUAAUUACCGACUUCCCCUUGACAUCCAAAGUCACCUUUAAUUACCGACUUCCCCUUGUCAUCCAAAGUCACCUUUAAUUACCGACUUCCCCUUGACACUGAACUCCUUUUUCGAUCCCACCAUGUUUUUUAUCCCCACCUUUCCCUUGACUCCCAACUGCCAUUUAUUCCUCACUUUCCUCUUUAAUCCCCAAUUUUCCCUUCCACCUCAUUCCCCACCUCUCUCUGUUUGUGGAAUUUGCAGCUGUCUCUGUAUCAUCCUACAACAAGAUUCUCAGUUAUUCUGUGUCUUCAGUGGGUGAGCUUCUCAUGGUAUUCGGGAGACCACUUGCUGCUGGGCCACCAGCAGAUGUGUCCAUAAAUGUAAGAUGAUCUUCCAGUACUUUCAUGACAUAAAUUUCUUGUUGUCUUAAA